CCCAGCUGCACACCUCUGGCCAUGACCAGCCUCCCGUCGACCUACUCGCGCUACGUCCUGCGCGGCACCGGCUCGUUCGACGUCCUCAAGUUCGAGGAGGGCCUCUCGCUCCCCUCGCCUCGCCUCGGCGAGGUCCUCGUGCGCGUCAAGGCCGUCAGCCUCAACAACCGGGACCUUCAGAUUGCCAAAGGCGUCUACCCAGGCGCGCAGGACAACAUCAUCCCCUGCUCGGACAUGUCGGGCGAGGUCGUCCAGGUCGGCGACGAGGUCACCAAGUGGACCGUGGGCGACAAGAUCAUGGCGACGUUCACUCUCGGCCUCGAGCGAGGUCAAGUCGACGACCCGGCCAUGUUCGCGAGCAUGCUCGGCGGCGGCUGUGACGGCACCCUGACCCAGUACCGCCUCUUCAAGGCGACCGACCUCGUCACCAUGCCGUCCAACCUGUCGUUCGACGAGGCGGCGACCCUCCCGUGCGCGCCGACGACCGUCUACAACGCCCUGUUCAGCGGGCCGCAGCCGAUCAAGCCCGGCAUGACCGUCGUCCUGCAGGGCACCGGCGGCGUGUCGGUCAUGGGCGCGCAGCUCGUCGUCGCGGCGGGCGGCACCGCCAUCAUUACGUCGUCCUCGGACGCAAAGCUGGAGCGCGUGCGCCAGCACAUCCACGACUCGCACAACCACGGCGGCGCAGGUCGCCUGCACACGAUCAACUACAAGACGACGCCCGACUGGGACAAGGAGGUGCUCAAGCUCACCAAGAACGGCCGCGGGGCAGACAAGGUCGUCGAGAUUGGGGGCGCAGGUACUCUCGAGAAGAGCCUGAACGCGCUGCGGCAAGGCGGCGAGAUUGACGACAUCGGCUACCUCGCCGGCGGGAGUGCGCCCGACAUCUCUCGCCUCGUCCUCCUCAAGAGUGCGCUCCUGCGAGGCAUCCUCAUCGGCUCGCGUCGCCACCUCGAGGAGCUGAGCGACUUUGUCGAGACGGCCAAGAUCCAGCCCAUGAUCGACCGCGUCUUUGCCUUCCACGAGGCCAAGGAGGCCUACCAGUUCUUGAGCGAGGCGACGCUCGUCGGCAAGGUCGUCAUUCGCGUCGCGUAGAACGAGCUCGAGCGAGCGGCAGGCGAUUGUGAAAUAGACUUUGUUCGACGACGUUU